AAUUUCCCAAAUCGAACACAUGCCUUUGAAGGUCAUAGUCCCCGGUCGCUAACGACGCACGCAUGACAGGAAGCGCAAUGUUCCCGAGUCGUCCUAGACAUCAUUUCCUGCACUAGCGUUCGCACAGGUGUAACGAGAUAGCCGCGGAGUCGCUGGUGCCAGAGGCCACGUAAACUCGUCAUCGAGGUGCUUCUUUCAUCCCCGUACUUGCAUCGCCCCAUUGUUGUGGAACUCUUGACAUUCAACCCUGACGCUCCCGCCGCAGAGUCAACGUUAUGAGAAGUUAUCGGAGUUAUCGGGCCAGGUAAACGCGUCGGACAAGAUAAGAAAGACUGCCUUUCGCAAGAGCUGCGUUUCUGCCAGAGCGAGGCAGCUUGUGAUGUAAGUGUUCCUCUCGCGUCGGAGCUUCCGUGUCGCCGGUGGGGGGGCUACGACAGACUUUCGAAGACCACCUCCUCAAGCUCACAAUGGUGUGGUGUAGAACGUACUGACUGUCCAUACCACAGCCGGCGACGACCCCGUGGUGUACGGAAAUGAAGAACAGUGGAUGCCUGCCGGAAUACGCCAAUAUCGCCAUGGUCAGCAUGCACGAGGUCCGACCACUUGUGGCUCACAGUCUUCAUGCUGUGCCCGCGAAGGGAGCCAACCUACCCGCAGCCUGCUUGCCUGGACGCACAGCCAAGGAAUCCGCUCUGCGACCGGAAGAUGCCGCAGCCGGUGGUUCGUCUCCGAAGCGGCAGGGGGCUUUCUUGCACGUGCUGCUUGCUGCGUGCAUCGCAUCCCUGGGAGGCAUCCUCUUCGGCUACGACACCGGCAUCAUAUCGGGAGCUCUGCUGCAGCUCAAGGACACCUUCCGGCUGUCAUGUGUCACGCAGCAGCUUGUGGUGGGCAGCCUCUUCCUGGGAGCCUUCUUGGCCUCUUUCGUUGGCGGCGUACUCGUGGACCUACUGGGUCGCAAGCGGGCGCUGCUGCUGGCCAGUCUGUUGUUCCUGACGGGCACGGCCCUGCAGAGCCUGAGCCCGGGCCUGGCGGUGCUCGUGUGCGGCCGCCUGUUCACGGGCAUGGCCGUCUCGCUCUCCACCACGGCAGAGUGCACCUACAUCGCCGAAAUAUCACCUCCGGCCCAGCGCGGACUUCUGGUUUCUCUGAAUGAAGUAGCCAUCACGGUCGGUUUCCUGCUCGCGUACACGGUCAACUACGCAUUCAUCUCGCGCCCGAACGGAUGGCAGUUCAUGUUUGCGGUAGCAACGUGUCCAGCUCUUCUGCAACUCGUGGGCACCAUGUUCUUGCCCCAGAGCCCACACUACCUCAUGCUGAAAGGUCGGAACGACAAGGCUCGCAAGGUGCUUCAACUCAUUCAUGGAGAAGAGGCCGGCGUCGUCGAGAUGCAGCACAUGCAGAAGUCCCUGGGGGAAGAACAGAAUCAAAGGUACCGGGACCUGGUUUCGCCGAGCCUGCGUGGCAGGAUGCUGGUGGGCAUGGGAUUGGUCUUCCUCCAGCAGUUCACGGGCCAGACGAACGUGGUGUACUACGCGCCGACGCUGCUCAAGCACUUGGGGUUCUGCACCAACGUCGCUGCCACCCUGGCUUCCGUCGGACUCGGCGUGGUCAAGGUGCUCGCAGCACUUUUCGCCCUGCUGGUCCUGGACCGGGCCGGACGCCGGUUCUGCCUCUGCGCGGGCAUCCUGCUCAUGAUGAUCAGCAUCCUCACCCUGGGACUGCUCACCAAGUCCUCAUUCGACACCGGGCAGGUGGUCGCCAUCCGAUGCCGCGACUCCGUGCCCCUUGUCCACCACAGCAACGUUUCGUUGUCGGCGUCACCAGGAAAAAGGGACAACGGCAGCAACUCAACCUUGUCUGUUCCUGAAUUCAACGAGGGCGGUCACUGCUCGGGUUCGUCCCAGGCCUCGACCCUUCAGCGAGCGGUCACCCUCGCGGCACUCAUGAGCUACGUGUUCGCCUAUGGCGUCAGCUUCGGAACAACCACCUGGUUGGUUUUGAGCGAGAUCUUCCCGAUGGCUAUCCGGGGCCGGGCCAUCUCAGUGGCCGCCUCCAUGAAUUGGGCAGCCAACAUGGCCAUUUCCGCCACUUUCCUCACUCUGCUGGACGCCCUUGGGAUCAGCAACACGCUGCUCCUGUACUCGGCCAUGUGCCUGCUGGCGCUCGUCUUCGUGUUCUUCUGCGUGCCGGAGACGAAGCACAAGUCACUCGAGGAGAUCAACGCCGAGUUGGACCGAGGACUGGUCCGCUGGAGGACGCUCGUUCCUGGUCGACAGUCCUCCAGUUACUCGCUCCGAGUGGAAGGUGCCACGUGACUUCCGUGGUUUUUCCUCAAGGAUGUCACUGUAAAUACCACCUGAAACGCCGAAGGCGUCAGCGUCACUAGUCCCACAUCCUCAUCCAGGCUGCCGGGACCGGCCCGAGGACUUGUGUCCAUAGCCAACGGCCUUCGCGUCUUCAACGUGAGGAGGUGGACCGCCAAUAAUUGACUUGCCACAGCCCAAAGGUCUCGAAGGGACAGCGAAGCCAGUCAUGGGCUUGCGGUUCGUGCAGCUUCAAGAAUGCCGAUUCGCCUUCCCACUACCAGUGAAGAGGCCUAACGAAGCUUCGUACCAACCAACGUGAAGCUUCUGAUGUAAAAGAAUUAAACGAUCGAGGAACCCA